UUAACGGUGCACUUGGGAACGGUUCUUUGGCAAACUCGGACGGGCUGCGUUCCUGCUACGCUUUUGCGACUGAACUUUAUCGUUCUCCCGGGACGUAACGCGGGUUUGGUAGGAUCCUCCUUUGGUUGCCCGAAGAAAGCGAAAAGGUGUUCCAGGACACCGCGGUGACAGACGGUAACAGUUUGUUAUUCUGCAACAACAUAACAAUGGCAACUGUGCCUUCAGCUGGCUGCCUUUUAGCCAAGAACCAGUACUACAGAACACGAUUGAAUUCUGAGUCCAGUGUUUCUUCAAGCAGUUCAUCUGGCUGUUGUGAUCCCAUGCCAUUCUCAGACCAGGAAAAAAAUCACCACGGUCUACCUGAAAUAUUUGAAAAAUGCUGGUGGAUAAAAAGCUUUUUCCAUUGUGAGCCAACACCUCCAAAUGUAGGCAGAAAAACUUUAUCAGCCAGCAGUACUAGCAGCUGAUUGGGAUAUCAAGUUGAAAGUUCCUGCCGGGACAUUAUAGACAGUCAUCCCUUGAAAUGAAUUCACUUCUGUGAAGAAAAUGAACUGCUUAAGAAUUCAGUUGUAGAAGAAAUACAAAUUAUCAAGGAUUUAAUCAGAGCUUAUUCAUCAAGCAACCAUCUUUUCAGUGUCUGCUGCAAGAAUUCUUGAUAAUGAACAGGUGUUCUAUAUUUCAUAAUAAUUUUUGUGUUUCACAAAAGAAAAUGCAAAUGCAAAGUCUAGCGGGAUAUGGCAUAUGUGAUUGUUUGGGAUAUCCUUCACUAAAUUGAAAAGCAGUAGAUUGCUUGGGUAAAAAUGUUUUAUGUUUAUCAUACCUUUUAUACAGUGAUGCCUUGGUUUUAGCAAAACAGACCACCAUUUUCCACAGAAUUUAAGUUUGGAACGUUAACUAUGGUAACUUUCUACUACAUGAAUAAUUUACUCAAAUGCCAAAUACAAAUUUCUCUUAUUUAUCAACAGCUAGAAGAAAACUGGUUAAGGCAUUAUUUAUGGAGGAUUCAAUUAAAAAAACAAAAAAUGGAACAUACUCAGUAUUAAACUCCUUGUCUGGUUCUAAUUCUACUAUUUUCAUUGGAGCUUUCUUCCAUAGUUGUGUUACUAUUGUAUAUUACUGCUUUGACAUCAGAUAGUGUAAUAUUGAUAUUAUCUCUUCAAAUCAGAGAUAAUUUAAGAACUCUGGAUUGAUUUUUGUUUUAUUUUUGAUGUAUAUCAUUCUGUUUUAAAGCACAGAAAUAAUAAUAGUACAGCAUCCUGCUUUGUAAGAGCUGUACAUUUUAUUUACUUAUACUAAGGAAUAUAUAUUUGUACCACAUGAGGAAAUCUGUGAGUACUGAAUAUUCUAAAUUGAAAUUUUAAUAUAUUGAUGAAGUUUCUAAUGUUCCUUUGUCAUCCUUUUAUUUUACACAAGUUCUGUAGUAUGAAUAGUAACUUCAAAUUUUAAUAUGCUUGCUUUGUCAAAUUGUAAUUUACCUGGAUGCAUAAUACUUUAAAACACACACACACAGACACACACACAAACACAAAUAUAUAUAUCCCUCUAGUGGAAAAAGAUAAAUAUAGCACAAUAAAAUAUAAACACCUAAUAAGCCUAUCCUUAAAGUCUGAUUCCUUUGGGUAUUAUCUUUUUGCCGUCUGUUCAACUUUGUACAUAGCUUAUUUAUAAUAUCGGCCAAGUGAUGUGUUAAUGUAUAUAACUUGUUUUUUAUGAAAUUUUGUAUUAAUAAAAAUUGAUAAAUAUGUC